GAGCCAAACUCGUGAUCAGAAGGCGCUGAAAGAACAAGGCGAACGAGGUUGGGAGAUCAGGGAAGACCGAAUUAAAACGCCGGGAUUACAUAUAUUUUGUAGCCUAUUAAAUUGUUAUCUAGGGUUGUUUUCUUUGUUUAUUUCUACUAGUCACAAGUUAAUUUCUGUCGGAAAUUGUCUUCUAGAAUUACAGUGUACGGAACUUGGAUAUCAUGAUGCCGUUCCUAAGAACCCUACUUGUGCUGGCUGUUCUGUGCGCGCCAUCCUCCAGCCUCUGUCUCAGACUGUACCAGAGCGACUCCAACCUCCUAUGUGACGACGACAUACUAGCUGAGGUACAGAGGAACAACGUUCCCAGUGACGAGUUCCCAGUGUCGGAUAGCUGGGGCUCCCUCUUCAAAUCCGGAGACACUCUCUCCUCCGCAGAGUCGCGCGAGAAAAGGACGUCGACUUACCCUGCCAACUACAGGUUUCUCAGUCAGACGCAGCUAAGGAGUAAGAUGUUCCAGAACAGCGUAAAGAAUGACCGGCUGAGCAAGUUUACCCUCUCUCUAGAUGUGCCCACCAACAUCAUGAACAUUCUCUUUGACAUCCAAAAGUCGAAGAACCUGCGCGCAAAAGCGGCCGACAACGCGCGUCUGAUGGCGCAGAUUGGACGAAGAAAGCGACAGUAGCCCAUCUCUCCAACGGUUGAAGCCGCUACCCUGAUUUACCAUUACAUAUUAGAUUUUCACUCUGACAAAUUAAGUUUGCUGGAAGUUGUAUUUUUCCUCAAAUCGACCUUUCAGAUGCAGUAUUUGUUAGAUGUUUUUUUCUGUGUGUAUUUUAUGCACAUAAAUGGUUGCCUUCACUGUGAGUAUGAUCUAGCAAACUUAAAUCAGAAACAUAGGGAUUAUUGAGAUUGACUUUUCUGAAGUACAAUUGGAGUAUUUACGGCAUAGGCCUAUUAUAUUUUAGAAUCACUUAAAUGUAAUGAAAAUCAAAAGACAAUCGAGAUUAUUUUGAACUAGGCUACACACUGAAUGAUUUUCACGUCUGUUCAGAAUAUAAAUGUAAAUUAAUUAAAAUGAAAGUUUUUUCAAGAUAAGGUUAGGCCCUAUAGGCUAUACUUCUAAAGUCUUCUACUGGAGUGUUAAAGGUCGAAUCAGGAAAUGUGGUCUAAUGAAAGGUGUCUUAGAAAUUAGAUAAGGCAAAUGAAAAUGGGAAAUAUGUAAAUAUAGGAUAUGCAUAAAAGCAGUGGGUAAACUGUAAUUAUCCUGUCAAUGGAAAUGGGUUGCAUUUCUUCGCAAUUGUGCCCGCGUUUUAUAGGAAAAGCAAGGCAUGCAUAUGCUUGAAAUACAGGACAGUACGGUACAAUACAAAUUAUGUGAACAAAUUGCAUUCAUUGAAAUACGCACGCAUGUUGCGGCGUUUUUAGUGUAAAGAGAAGCGAGUUAGCCUAUAUAACUUUGUGAAUAGACGCUAGAAUAUGAAAUGUUUAUGAGUUAUUUCAAGGUAAAUGCAUGGUAGCCUCAAUGUUUGAUCAUCAAAUGUCUGUUAUUUUUAUACGCAAAGGGAUUAUUUUUCCUCAA